AUGCCGUUGACGAAACGUGCCAUCUCACCUGUCAAUGUGAGUCUCCAUCGCCUUCCGUUAUCGUUACAACAAGACGAGUUGGAGUGUGUAGCAAAUGGUACUCUAGCAAAUUUAAUUCGGCAGCUAAGUUCGCUUAGUCGACAUGCUGAGCAUAUUUUUGGCGAAAUUUAUCAUGAAGCCGUCAAAUUAGAUCAUAAAACAAACACAUUAUCGCAACGCAUUGAACGAUUAACUUAUAGAGUGACACAACUAGACUACACUCAGGAACAAGUGUCACUCGAAGAUAUACACAUGCGAAAACCAUUCAAAAGUAGUUGUUUAAUCGACCAGCACACAUUGGAUCGACAAACAUUACCUUCUGCAUUGGCAGAAUGUUAUGCUGCCUGUGAUCCACCUCCCAAUUUGGAUGCUUUAAACCCUUAUAGAGAUGACAAAAAGAGUGCCCUCAGGUACUAUACUGAUCCAUCAUAUUUUUUUGACUUAUGGAGACAAGAGAUGCUCAAAGAUGUUGGUGAUGGACGUCGUGGACGUGUGGUUAGAAAUGUAGUUGAAAAUAAAAGUCCUCGAAAGAAGCGUAAUCGACAACCUGUCUCUAGUAAUGUUGGAGGAGAUUCCAUGUCUAAAUAUACUGUGCCUUCGCAACAGCGCCCUGGAGACAUCAUGCAUUUUCCUGCUGAAUAUCAGGCACCACAAAUAGUGCACACAGAUAAGGUUCGCAUACCAGUUGGGAUGAGUGUGCCAUCUUAUAAUGGAUAUGCUCCUGCAACGCACAAUUUCGAUGUAACCUCGUCUUUGUCACCAUUUAUGAAAGUGGAAGUAACAGAUGCUGCGACCGACAAAAAAAUAGCUGACAGGUUAGCAGAUAUUGACUUGCAAGAUGGUUCGCUUCUAGAAGAUGAUCUUCCUCCUCCACCACCACCUCUCAUGCAUACCUCACUUGUUUGUCAGUUACCUGCUCCUCCUACAAUGCAGUAUGUUGCUCCAUCUGCUGAUUCCAUUCCACCACCUCCUCCACCCCCACCAUCUUCUACCAUACCGGUUAUGAUAAAUACUCAGCCCUCUAUUGUUAUUGCAUCUUUUACUAACACAGAAGAAGCGAAGAAUGAUACUCCUGCUAAUCAACUCUUGGACACUCGUUCAAACUUACUUGCUGAAAUACAGUCUGGAAUAAAACUUAAACAGGUGCAGAGGAAAGAACAAGCAGCAGAAGAAAAAGCAGCUGCUGAAGCAAAUGAUGUUGCUGCCAUUUUGCGUCGUCGAAUGGAGCAUAUUCUUGGACACUCUGAUAGCAAUAGCGAAUCUCCAACUGAUGACGAUGAAGAAUGGGAUUGA